GGCGUAAUUAAAAAGCGGCGGAAGAAGGUGGGAGGGUCAUGACGCAGCGAGUUUUAGUCGUGACUUUUCCGGGGGCUUCUCGGCGUCCUCUUUUUUUCCCUUUAAAGUAAAACGUCGCCCCAACGCAUCCCCCAACGCACUUCGGGGGGCGGAGGCGGCCGGCCGCGGCAGGGGGAGGGGCGGCGUGACGUGGGCCGGGGGGCCGGUCGCGGCGGGGCGGUCACGUGGGCGUGUUGUGGGGGGAGGGGCGCCGUCGCGCGGUCGGUUCCGGGCGGUUGGGAGCGCGCGAGCCAGCGAGAGGCAGCCGCGCCCGCCGCCGCCCCUCUCUGUAUGUCGCUGUGCCCCGGCGCGGCCGCCGCGGAUCGCAGCAGCAGGAGCCGCCGCCGCCGCGGUUGAUGUGGUUGGGCCGGGGCUGAGGAGGCCGCCAAGAUGCCGCAGUCCAAGUCCCGGAAGAUCGCGAUCCUGGGCUACCGGUCUGUGGGGAAAUCCUCAUUGACGAUUCAGUUUGUUGAAGGCCAAUUUGUUGACUCCUACGAUCCAACCAUAGAAAACACUUUCACAAAGUUGAUCACAGUAAAUGGACAAGAAUAUCAUCUUCAGCUUGUAGACACAGCUGGACAAGAUGAAUAUUCCAUCUUUCCUCAGACAUACUCCAUAGAUAUUAACGGUUACAUACUUGUGUAUUCUGUUACAUCAAUCAAAAGUUUUGAAGUAAUUAAAGUUAUCCACGGCAAAUUGUUGGAUAUGGUGGGGAAAGUACAAAUACCUAUUAUGUUGGUCGGGAAUAAGAAAGACCUGCAUAUGGAAAGGGUGAUCAGUUAUGAAGAAGGGAAAGCUUUGGCAGAAUCUUGGAAUGCAGCUUUUUUGGAAUCUUCUGCUAAAGAAAAUCAGACGGCUGUUGAUGUUUUUAGAAGGAUAAUUUUGGAGGCAGAAAAAAUUGAUGGGGCAGCUUCACAAGGAAAGUCUUCGUGCUCAGUGAUGUGAUCAUGCUGCAGGACCUGAGGACGCCGGGAAUAUAUUCUACCUGAGGAAGCAAACUGCCCGUUAUCCUUUAAGAAACUAUGCUUCAUUUCUCUUCUGUUAACCUGAAAGACAUCAUUUGGGUCAGAGCUUCCCCUGCCCCUUUCAGAUUAUGUUAAACUCUGACUCUGUCCAAAUGAGUUCACUUCCAUUUUCAAAUUUUAAGCAAUCAUAUUUUCAAUUUAUAUAUUGUAUUUCUUAAUAUUAUGACCAAGAAUUUUAUCGACAUUAAUUUUUCAGCGUAGUUUGUUGUUUAAAAUAAUGUAAUCAUCAAAAUGAUACAUAUUGUUACACUACUAUUAACUAGGCUUCAAUAUAUCAGUGUUUAUUUCAUUGUGUUAAAUGUAUACUUGUAAAUAAAAUAGCUGCAAACCU